GUGCAUGGUAGGUGCUCGUGUGCCAGACGUCUCUGUCACGCUGAAGGGAAGACUUCAGCGACUCCCACUGGAUUUUAUCCACGUGCUUUGACGUCUCCACUGAGUCUCCGUCGAUGUAGGUGGUGCAGCGUGGGACCUGGGGCAGCGCUGUGCUCCAGAGACACCAGCACGUGACAGCGAUGGCUGUCACUCACAGCACAGCCCGGAUAAAAGACUGAAUGCGUAGACUGUAAGGUGGCACAUUGAUCUGCAACCAUGGGCAAGUCCAACUCCUUCCCUGAACUUUGAGGCCUUGAGGUUCCUGAAGUAUAUUAGCACUUCUCAGAUUUCGUGUGAACACAUGAACCUGAGCAGCCUAGGAGGGAACUCCGAAACCACAAAGAAGCCCUGGUCAGUCUGCCUUGAUGAGAGGUUUGGCCUCAUUCAUCGGAUCAGAAGCAAGCAGUGCCGUCUCUAUUCCCUUGGGCUGGGCAACGAUGACAACCAGUUUGAGAUCAGCAUGGCUAACAGUGGCUGCGAGGUGCAUCGCUUCGACCCCAGCAUCAAGUCAGCGCACAUCCAGGAGGGUCGGCACCUCUGGUACCAUCGCCUCUCUGUUGACUGGAGGGAUCCCAAUCCAGCCAUUGCUGCUCAUAGACUUCACAGCAACACGAAGAAGCUGGGCACGAUACUGAACGAAUUUGGACAUCAGAAGAUUGAUGUCCUCAAGGCAGAUGUGGAGAGUGCGGAGUGGAAAAUUCUGGAAAACCUGAUCCUGGAAGAUGUUGUUGAGCAGAUCGGACAGUUGGUCUUUGAGGUGCACAUCCACUGGCCUGGCUUCGAGGUCAGUGGCAAUGACAGCACCGUGGUGCGGUACUGGUACAGUCUGCUCCGAGAACUGGAGCUGAAGGACUUCAGGCUUUUCCAUACCUACAAAGACUUAUCAAAACCACAGAUGUUUCUGAAAAAGGCAGCCUUCAAUGCCAGUAGCUGCUACACACUGAGCUGGGUGAAUACAAGAUGGCAACAGCAGGAAGGAAUUUAUGAUGUGUGACCGCGAGCCAUCUGUCCAUUACUGAAGAGGACCUUGGAGUCACUGGCUAAAGUUGCUAAAUAUGCAUACAGCAGUUGCUGAUUAAAUGGGCUGGCUUUUAUUUUUGUACAUUGUCAAAAGACCUGGCACUAGGAGAUGAUGCCUGUUGUAAAUCUUUAGGUAUAGCAGUAUAUUUGCCAGCAAGUAUACUUUCUUAGAGGACGGGCAUUCUGCAAAGGUUUGUCUGGGGAAGCUAAGAGCAGCUUUUUGAGUUUGGCCUUUCUCACACGCCUGGCAGUGGGACACAGAUACUUGGCUGCAGGAAGAGCUGCCACCAGAGCCCCCCUCCUUGCCCUUCAGAGACCUCUGUCAUGUAAUGCCAGCCACAGAAGGCAGGGCUUCACUAGUUUAUCUGCUCAAAGAACAGCUUGUCUUAAAUUCCUCUUGGAAUGUCUGUGAUGAAUGGUUUCUCAUCUAGUGAGAUGCUUAUGUCAAACUGAAACCUGGUCUUUUUUAGCUUGGUUUUGGGUUUGGGUAAACGUUCUGCAGCGUGCCUUUUCCAGUGCUGUACCUGGAUGCUUCUCAGCACAUAGCUUCCCUGGCCCAGCCUGCCUCUCCCCGACACGGGCAGGACAGACCCCAGGGCUGCACUGGCGCUCACAGAGGCAGUGGCCACCUGCCCUCAGAGGUGUAGGGAUGUGCCCUGCUCUGCAGGCACGCUGGGCACCGUGCGCUGGCAUGCAGGUUGCUUGCAGGGUGCUUUCAGCAGCCAGGCUUGGUCAUUCCCUGAGAAGCUAAGCAAUGCAGGGAGCUAAAAAGUCUAUAGCAAAUUGUUUCUUUUCUAAAGAUUUUUGACAUUAAACUUUGCAUUGAAAUACCAGA